AUGCAUCAGAUAUUAAUUCAAUUAGAUUCGCGUCAAUCAAGGCAAAGAGAUAUUCUCGUAUUUCUCAAUGAAAAGAAUCUUCUGAAACUGCCCAUAACGAUUACGUAUGAUCAAAUUAAAGUAGAAUUUGCAUCGUUACGACGACAGAAUAAAUCCAUACGUAUUGGAUUAUGCCGUUGUACGGAUCGAUCUUUAUUGAAUAAUACAACCGUUCGACAUUUGGGUUCAUUGACAUUCAAUGCAUUUCGGAAAUUAUCUAUUGAUGAUCGACGGUCAACAUCCUCAUUUAAUGAAAGUCGGAAAUCAUUGAUCAUUAUCGAUGAUAUUCUAUCCAAUUCCGAUUCGAAGCAAAGUAUCGUUAAUCGAACAAAACAUAUUGAAGAACGGCAUAGUAAACCAUUGGUCUACAAACGUAGCACCAGUCCCGCUCGAGACAGUGGAUUCGUUGAAACCGAUGGUAGGGCACGAUUUGUUGGAGAUAAACUCUAUGAUUAUGAGUGUUUAGGUACGAAUACAUCGGUACUUACUGAUCGAAGUGUUUUGUCAAAUCAUCACAAACAUCGAAGUAAACUUUCAUUAGAAAAGAGCGAAGAUGAAUCAAUGGAUACCCAUAAGUCGCUCGAUUCACUUCAACAAUCAAUUUCGAAAACAAUCUUGUCGGAAGAGAAAAAAGUCAAGUCAACUGGUACAGGUUAUACAACUGAAAUAGUGAAUAGACAUCGUCCUGCCAAACGUCAACAGCCGACUCAAACUGUGACCGAUGCCUGUUUUAUCUAUCGCCGUCAAGCGGUUAAAUCAGAUGUCAACGAUGAUGACAAAGCAGCGAUGAUCCUUCGUGGCCGUGAAAUUGCCUAUGAAGCGGCAAAUACACCGGCUAUUCCAUCGUCAAUGCCAAUGUAUUCGCGUGAUCAAGUUCGUGAGCUUUACGGUGAAUUGGACAAGAAAACACGUCGUUUACAAGAAGAUGAAUAUAUCAUUCAUUCUUGGAAUGAAAAGCCUCAAUGGAAAUUAGCAUCACCGACAAAGGCGAAAAAAAUCGAGGAAUGUCCAUUACCAAAGUUUCGUCUGGAGAAACCAUCGGACAAUGAUGAAGCAUUACUAAUGGCUGCGUAUUUAUCUUCAGGAAUGAAUUCUCCACAAACCAAAGCAGCUGCGCCUGUAGAUAAUUUAUAUCAAGUCAUGAUUAAUGCAAGUGCUAAAGUCAAUGAAUGGGCACAUAAUAACGAAAUCUAUUUAUCACCCACGGAAAAAGAUUUUCAGCCAGCGGUGGAUUCGUCAACAUUGUUAUUAGAUACACAGUUGAAUCUCAAACAACUAGCUAUUACGCCAACGAAUAGCCAGCCUCGGCCAACAGUCUUGACAACUACUGAACAAGCUCGUUCUCAUCCAUCAAGCAAUACGUUUUCAAGUCGAAAUAGUCGCCGAUCUAUCCGCCGACAGGCGCAUUUGGCUGACACAAUAUCUUCAUCACCCGAUUCUAUUGAAAUAGCAUUCGAAACAACGCCGUCGACACCAGGUUCAUGUGGAAUGUACUUAGAACCUUACAUGCGGCAUGGUUAUAGAUUACCAUCAGCUGAUCAUUAUAUCCGAGAUUCAUCAUGGCAACAUACUGAUAAUGAUGAUCUGGAAGAAUCAGCUUCCACAAUGCAAAACAUAACUCCAACGGAUAGUCCGACAAUAACGGCGAAAGUGGAUAUGGAUAUGUUUCCAUCACCACCCUCAACAUCGCAAAUUAUCGAAGCUGAUAGUUUAAUUGAUUUAGAUGACGGAACAACAGUAUCUUAUCAUACAGCGAAAGAAUCCCGUGUUGAUAAUGGUCAUCAAUCAUCGUUGUCGCUCGGAAGUGAUGACACCACUGGUAGUAAUUUUCAACAAUAUCAUGUUCGCGACGAUUUAGUGAACAGUGUAACAACACCAGAAGACAGUUUCUAUUAUGAUGCACUACCAUCGCCUUCACACACGAAUCGACAAGUAUCAACAACGAGUGAAAACUCCAAUAUUAUGAUUGAAAAUCUAACGGAUUUAUUGGAACAAAUUGAAACAUACAGUCGAACAAAUCAUCAGAUUGUCAACGAACUGGAUGAACAUAGAGCAAGUGUGAUGUCGGAAGACGAAGAAUCAUUGCUUAAUAUUGAUCAGUUAGUUACUAUUGUGGAAGAUGUUCAUCGAUGUAAUCAAACCGGAAUAUCGAAUACGAUGGAUAAUCUUGCUUUCAUCUAUGAUAAUCUUGAUCAACAAACAACGAAGCCGUCAACUGAUAAUCUUGUCGAAAUUGCCCAGUCAAUCGAUGAAACAUCGUCUCGUGUGAAUAAUUUAUUAUUUAUUUACGAUGAGACACUUACACCGACUGAAUAUGAGCCAAGACAAAUUACCAACGAUUCAGAUGAAUGGUCUUAUGAUAAUUUAAUAGGUGACUCCGAUGAACACGUGAACACCGAUAAUUUAGGUACGAUAGUGCAUGAAAGUCUAACUGCCAGAUAUCAAGAAUCUAUUCAAUUCAAUGAAACACAAGAAACAACCGUCAAUAUCGAUAAUUUAGUCCAAGUUGUUAGCGAAGCAUUGACUGUCCCUGACAUCGAUGAGGAUACGAGCGAACCAACGAUUGAGACAGACAAUUUGGGAACGAUAAUACACGAAGCUUUAGCAGCAAGAUUUCAAAAGCCAAUCAAAAUGAAAACGCCUCGCCCAUUCAAUUUUGAAGUUUUCACUGAAGAAUUACCCAAAUCAUUCGAUCAGUUUGCUGCCGAUAGAGAUAGCUUAGACGCCAUUGUCGCUGAAGCGUUGGAAGGCCCAUAUCAGAAGUCCAAUACCAUGAUACCAACUGAUCCGUUCGAGGCGGAAGUUUAUUCAGCGCAACUAUCUGAAUCCAGUGAUAAUGACUCAAUAGUUGAUACAGAUAAUCUGGGAACUAUUAUUCAUGAAUCGUUAGCUGCUCGAUCGCAGCAACCCAUACAAAUUAAGACUGCUGAUCAAGAUAUUCCUAAAACUCAACCGGAAGAAGUUCCUACAGACGAUAAUCAAGUUGAAAGCUCGGUAAAUCCAAGUCCAUCGAGUGAAGCGCAACCAACGGUUUUUAACUACUUUGAAGUUGUUCCCAAAGCAGAGUCUCAAACUAUCGAUGAGAUGAUUUCUGAUAGCGACAAUGUAGAAACAGUUAUACAUGAAGCUUCGCCAAUUCUCAUGGAGAAAUCUAAUGAAACUGAAAGUCCAAUCGAAUUAUUCAAUUCCGAAGCAAUUCCAAAUGAAGUUCCACAAUCUGUUGCAGAUGAACCAAUUUCUAAAGCACCAUCUGAAGAUGUUCCUGAACAAGACGAGUCCAAUAUCGAAUACAAGAAACCGAUAGAAAGUCUGCCGCCUGAACCAUAUCAUUUUGAUUAUCCCAUGGAAGAAGAAACCAAUGACGAUACAAUCGAAUAUGAAAUUUUGAAAGAAUCUCCUCCUUCAGCUAUCGAAAAACAAAUCGACCAAGUACCGGACGAUACACACACAUCUGAAACACUCACUUACGAAAUUCAAUCCUCCAUGCCCCUAUACCAGUUUCCUGUAAAUCAACCCAGUCCACUUCCACCUCCCCCAACUAUUAAUAAUCUUUCUCAAAUCGUUAGUGAUUCUCUCCUAACAAGUUCGAAUUACCAUCAGUUUCGUCCAAAUGAAAAUCAAAUAGAAUUUCAUGUUCUACAUGCUCCUACCUACGAUGAAGAAAUCUACGAAGAAUACGGCUAUCGUCGAACAACGACUGAACCAGGAACAGAUGAUAUUGUCGAAAAAUUCGAAGAAUUGUGCCAUCAUUAUACAACAAACUUCGAGCAAUAUCGCACAACAGCUAAGCAUUUUGAUGACGACAUUAAUCAAUUUGAAAAGCAAUUGUACGAACAAAGGGAACAAAAUUUAUCACCUGUGAGCGAUACAAUGAGCGAGGAAUUAAUCACAACCAUUGAACGUGUUACCGAUAAUGGUAAUCACAAAGGAGCAAAAGCGGAUGAUGUAGAAGAAGUUUACACGACAGUUCUCGUGACGCGACAAGCUGAUCACGUAGGAAAAUACGGUUUCGAUUUCGAAGAAGUAGACGAUGGUAAAAUCAAAAUUUCAUCGAUUCUUGAUGAAAACUAUUGUCCAAAUCUGUCCAUUGGUGAUGAAAUUAUCGCGAUCGAUGAUAGUAAACCAUAUCAAACCUACGAAGAAUACAAAUCAUCAUUCGAUUCAUUAUGGAUAAGUGCUCGCAACAAUGUACAAAUAACCGUCACCAAAGCAGACAUUCCAGUGCAGCCAAAUUCCGAGCCGGUGUCAUUACAAUCGAGUUCUCUGUCUUGGCCACUUUCAAUAGCUGAAUCAGGUAGGCUAAUGAAAUACGGUUUUGCGCUUGCGUGUAUGCGUACUCUAUUCAAGCUUUAUUGA